AGUCUGACAAUAUUUUUAAAGUGUCAAUUAAUACAGACAAGGAGCCAAGAUGAAUAAAAUCGUCUUGAUGAGUUUCCUGCGCCACGUUAUCUUCCUUCUGUUUGUAAUAAAAACUAUAAAUGGUCUAAUUAUAAUGUUCUCUGCGGAGUACUGUUUCAAGUUAUUUCGGCGAAGUGAAAUCCUCCCUCUGGACGGUACAAAGCCUCAACAUGCAAUUUUCGUAACCAUAGACUUCGUCACUGUAAUUUUUAAUGGGUUUGGGUGUCUCACUGUGCUGGCAGGCUUGACCGGAUUCGUGGGAGCGAUUUGCUUGAAUAAAUACCCAAUGAUAAAUUUCUCCGCCGGUGUGUUGUUUAUUCUUCUGGCGGUGGCUGAUUUUGGUUCAAUGGUAGCCACGCACGUAGUGAUCAAUUCUUUGAACGCAAUCGUUGUUGAAGACAUGAAAGAUCUCUUCAAAUCCAGUAGAGACGUCGUGCGUGGUCCCAAGGAAACUAUUUCUGAAAUUCAGCGGAAGUAUAAAGCUUCAAUGAUCGACGGUUGGGGCAAAAUAGCUACGGGAAACGCCCACAAUCACUCGCUCAUCGAUUACAUACAGAUGAACCAAAAAUGUUGCGGUGUCACCGGACGCCACUUCUGGCUUAUUAUGGUCCCGACGAGUUGUUGUCCGGAUGGGUACGACGAUAAUACUUGUAAUUUCGCCACAGCGUAUAACUCCAAUUGCAUGCAAUCCUACGAUAAUUUUGUUGCAACUUUGGUCACUAUCGGGAUACAGUUCUUCUUCUUCGGGGUUUUCUCAGUGUUGACGUUCUUCUGUUCUCUGUAUUUGGCUCGUCUUAAAAUUAAGUAUCCUGAGGAUAAGUACGACUCUGAGGACGAUUCAUCCUCUGGUAGUGAUGAUUAUCAGUACUAGCUUAAUUCAUCAACAUUUUAUGUUACCACGAAUGUUUAUGUUUUUUUUAAUAUUGUUGCUU